AAGGUCUACUGUGAAUCAACCUCAAUAUAAAUGACACUUUUUGUCAAAAUCAAAAAUUACACGUCAAACAAAAAAACUCACCCAACAAAAAUGGACGGAUUCAUGCUGGAACCAACACUAAACAUUGUCAAAGGAAUGUGCAUUAUGGAUAACGAUGGAAAUCGUAUCCUUGCCAAAUACUAUGACAAAAACAUUCUGCCAACAGUCAAGGAACAAAAAACCUUUGAAAAGAACCUUUUUAAUAAAACCCAUCGUUCCAACACGGAAAUUAUCAUGUUGGAUGGUUUAACCUGUGUUUAUAAAAGUAAUGUAGAUUUGUUUUUCUAUGUUAUGGGGAGUACCUAUGAAAACGAAUUGAUUCUCUUGUCUGUACUCAAUUGUUUGUAUGAUUCAAUUAGUUUGAUUCUCAAAAAGAAUGUCGAGAAACGUUUAGUUUUAGACAAUUUGGAGAUUAUCAUGUUAGCCUUUGAUGAGAUCUGUGAUGGAGGAAUCAUUUUAGAUGCGGAUCCAUCGUCGGUGGUGAAACGUGUCGAUUUGAGGAACGAUGACAUUCCAAUUGGAGAGCAAACAGUUGCCCAGGUUCUGCAGUCGGCAAGAGAUCAACUCAAAUGGUCGAUACUAAAGUGAAAAAAUAAUAAUAAAAAUCUAUCUUUACACAUAUUCGAAAAAAAACUUGUUUUUGAUAUAAUUUUAUUAUUAUUAUGUUUUUGCAAUUCCUGGUUCCAGAAGGCAGGAAGACCGAUCAUUCGGAGGUAGUAGGUUUACCUUUUUUUUAAUUUCAAAUAUAAAUAAUAUAAUAUAUAUAUAUACAAAUUAGAAAUGCAUUUUGUUCCAAAAAUAAUAAAAUUUAUUAAUUUUUAAGAUAAAAUUAUUGGUUUU